ACUUCUUCUUCAACGCGGCUCUCUCCCGCAUAACGACAAAACGAACAAAAAGGAGUAAAGCUAGCACACUCACACAACCAUGCUGUCCAAAAUGAGUACCUAUACUUCUUGUUUCCUUUCGAUACCCUCUAUCAUCCUUAUUUCAAUCCUCCUCUCCCUGCAGCCCCAACAAGCAAGUGCCUCCCCAGCCCCAAGACCAGGCUACGGCUACCCACAUGGUCAGGGUCAGGGCCAGGGCCAAUAUCAAGGUCAAGGCCUGGGCUGGGGACAGCCAACCGCAUCACCCGUCGCCACCAUCCUCCCAGGCUACAACGGCCAAACUCAAGGCCAGGGCCAGGGACAAUAUCAAGGGGGUGAAGGCCAAGGCUACGACUUAGGUGGCUCCUCUGGUCUAGGCGGCUCUUCUAGUCUAGGUGGUUCAAGCUCCGACUACGGCUCUGGCUCCAACUCCCUAACCGGAGCAAAUAGCUGGAGUCUCUCCCUCUACAGCGACACCCAGUGUACCAACCAGCCUCUCAGUUUCAGCGGCACCGACAGCCUGAGCUGCUCGAGCACCGGCGGAGCCGAGAUCGCUGGCCAGGCGUUCAUUGCAGAGGUACAGGGCUGCACUGUUAUUUUCUUUGAAGGCGAGGGGUGCUUUGAUGGGUCGAGGAUUGGGACUUUUGGGGGUGACGACGACGACGACGAUGAGGACGACUACGAUGAAGACGAUGGUGAUGAUGAUGGCGACGAAGGUGAGGAUGGUGAUGAUGAUGACGAUGACGAUGAUGAUGAGGGCCAUGGGAAGAGAAAGAGGGUCGUGAGAAGGGUUGGUGGCGGCCAAAGUUCUGGGACUUGUGCUCUUCCUAAGAGAGAUGAUGCGUAUGAGGAUGAUGGGGGGGAUGACGACGACGACGACGACGAUGAUGAUAAGAAGGGAGAACACCACAAGAGACAGAUCCGAAAGAAGCGAGGAACUGGGCCAGAAAAUGGCAAUGAUGAGGGCGCUGUCCAGAUCAAGGCGUUUGCAGUAGUGUGUGGCUUCUAG